UAACAUGUCUACUUCCGGAAAGUCUUGACGCUUGUAUCCUGGCAGAAUCGUCUCGAAUACGAUUUACAGGCAUUUACAGGUUAGCGAAGUAAUUGUGCUCGUGCAUACAGUGAGUGAAAUUAAGAAAAACCGGGUAAUCGUAAAAUAAACAGCAAAAAUGCAACCUCAAAUAAUUUUACUCAAGGAAGGCACUGAUGCCUCACAAGGAAAACAACAACUGAUAUCAAAUAUAAAUGCAUGUCAAGUAGUGGUAGAUGCCGUGAAAACUACUUUAGGUCCUCGAGGCAUGGACAAGCUUAUCGUGGACCAAAAUGGAAAAGCCACUAUUUCAAAUGAUGGUGUAACUAUUUUAAGAAUGUUGGAAAUUGUUCACCCAGCGGCAAGAACAUUGGUAGAUAUUGCCAAAUCUCAAGAUGCAGAAGUUGGUGAUGGUACUACAACUGUAGUUUUACUAGCAGGAGAAUUUUUGAAUCAAAUGAAGCCAUUUAUCGAGGAAGGAGUUCAUCCACGUAUCAUGAUUAAAGCUCUUCGUCUUGCACUUCAAGUAGCAAUUGAUAAAAUAAAUGCAUCGAGCGAAAAGAUUAACGAAGGUUGUGUAGCAAAGAUACAAGAAGUAGCACAACGCUGUGCAGAAACAUCUCUGAAUUCAAAGUUACUUCAUCACCAUAAACAGUUUUUUAGCCGUUUAGUUGUGAAAGCAGUAAUGACACUCGAUGACAUGAUGCCCCUUAACAUGAUUGGCAUUAAAAAGGUUUCUGGAGGAGCACUAGAAGACUCAGAAUUAGUUAAUGGGGUGGCUUUUAAAAAGACGUUUUCUUAUGCUGGAUUCGAGAUGCAACCCAAAAGAACUGAGGGCGAGUGUUUCAUUGCUUUAUUGAACAUAGAAUUGGAACUUAAAGCAGAAAGAGACAAUGCUGAAGUACGCGUAGAUAGUGUUGCGGAAUAUCAAAAAGUAGUUGAUGCUGAAUGGCAAAUUUUGUAUGACAAACUUGAAAAAAUUCACAAGAGCGGAGCAAAUGUUGUAUUAUCGAAAUUACCUAUCGGUGACGUUGCUACGCAAUAUUUUGCAGACCGAAAUAAGUUCUGUGCAGGCAGAGUUCCUGACGAGGAUUUGAAAAGAACUAUGAAAGCUUGCGGUGGUUGUAUCUUAACAACAGUACACGAUAUUAAGAAAUCUGAUCUUGGUAAAUGUGCAUGGUUUCAGGAGAAGCAAGUUGGUGGAGAAAGAUUUAAUUUCUUCUAUGAAGGAGCAAAUGCUAAAGCGUGCACAUUUAUACUACGUGGGGGUGCUGAUCAGUUUUUGGAGGAAACUGAAAGGUCUUUGCACGAUGCUAUCAUGGUUGUAAGACGUAUGCUUAAAGCCAAUGCCACCGUGGCUGGUGGAGGGGCCAUGGAAAUGCAGCUGUCCAAAACUUUGCGAGAUUUUUCUCGACUUAUAGAAGGAAAAGAACAACUUUUAAUUGGAGCGAUAGCGCGUGCACUGGAAGUUAUACCAAGACAAUUGUGUGACAAUGCUGGUUACGAUGCAACAAAUAUUUUAAACAAAUUGCGACAAAAGCAGCACAACGGUAUGCACACCUAUGGUGUUAACAUUUUGAAGGCAGAUAUUGGUGAUAAUAUGGAUGCAUUUAUAUGGGAACCUGCUCUUGUAAAAAUUAAUGCACUAACAGCUGCAGUUGAAGCAGCAUGCCUUAUCUUAUCUGUGGAUGAGACUAUAAAAAAUCCUAAAAGUAGUCAAGAUUCACAAGGUCAAAUGGGUCGUGGCAUGGGAAGAGCGAUGUAAACGAAACUAAUUCUUUCAGCUUGAAAAAGAAUGAUAAACUUAUAAACUAAAUAUUGAUAAUACAUGCAUCAAAUGUAUUGCCACAAUCCGCUUAUACCAUUAAGAAUCACUGUAACAUCUAAUACAAUUUUUGCAUACAUCUUUCUUAUGUUGUAAUAUAUGAUAAAAUAGAUUUCGCAAUUUCUAACAAGUACUUUAACAUUUCUGUCAUUAAAAUUACAAACAAUGAAAUUUACUACUUUACUGUACUUCAUAUGUAUGAUUUAAGUGAACAUUACACAUUUUUGUAUUUAUAAAGUCACCAUAAUAUUGA